AUGGAGGAGCUGUUGGCAGGAAUUGUUGAUCUUGUUGAUAUUCUGGCCACUGCCCCACCAACGUGGCUAUGUCAGCAUCCAAUCCUGGACACCAGACAUAACUUCUUGCCAGUGCUGCCAUUUUGGAAACCCUUGGAUAACCCUGGUGGAGAUUACAAGUAUCUGGCAGUGACCUUUGCUCAGGAGAGAAAACUGGACAACAGUGAAUACAACUUUCCCAACAUUAGCUCCAGAAACAACGUCACAGAGGGAAAGCUGGACAACGGGGAAUACAACUUUCCCAAUAUUAGUCCCAGAAACAACGCCACAGAGAGAAAACUGGACCACAGUGAAUACAACUUUCCCAAUAUUAGCUCCAGAAACAACGCCACAGAGAGAAAACUGGACAACAGCGAUUACAACUUUCCCAACAUUAGCUCCAGAAACAACGCCACAGAGAGAAAACUGGACAACGGUGAAUACAACUUUCCCAACAUUAGCUCCAGAAACAACAACACAGAGAGAAAACUGGACAACAGUGAAUACAACUUUCCCAACAUUAGCUCCAGAAACAACGCCACAGAGAGAAAACUGGACCACAGUGAAUACAACUUUCCCAACAUUAGCUCCAGAAACAACGCCACAGAGAGAAAACUGGACAACAGUGAAUACAACUUUCCCAACAUUAGCUCCAGAAACAAUGUCACAGAGAGAAAACUGGGCAACAGUGAAUACAACUUUCCCAACAUUAGCUCCAGAAACAACGCCACAGAGAGAAAACUGGACAACAGUGAAUACAACUUUCCCAACAUUAGCUCCAGAAACAAUGUCACAGAGAGAAAACUGGACAACAGUGAAUACAACUUUCCCAACAUUAGCUCCAGAAACAACGCCACAGAGAGAAAACUGGACCACGGUGAAUACAACUUUCCCAACAUUAGCUCCAGAAACAACGCCACAGAGAGAAAACUGGACAACAGCGAUUACAACUUUCCCAACAUUAGCUCCAGAAACAACGUCACAGAGGGAAAACUGGACAACGGUGAAUACAACUUUCCCAACAUUAGCUCCAGAAACAACGUCACAGAGGGAAAGCUGGACAACGGGGAAUACAACUUUCCCAACAUUAGCUCCAGAAACAACAUCACAGAGAGAAAACUGGGCAACAGCGAUUACAACCUUCCCAACAUUAGCUCCAGAAACAACAUCACAGAGAGAAAACUGGACAACACCGAUUACAACUUUUCCAACAUUAGCUCCAGAAACAACAUCACAGAGAGAAAACUGGGCAACAGCGAUUACAACCUUCCCAACAUUAUCUCCAGAAACAACAACACAGAGAGAAAACUGGGCAACAACGAUUACAACUUUCCCAACAUUAGCUCCAGAAACAACGUCACAGAGAGAAAACUGGACAACAGUGAAUACAACUUUCCCAACAUUAGCUCCAGAAACAACAUCACAGAGAGAAAACUGGGCAACAGCGAUUACAACCUUCCCAACAUUAUCUCCAGAAACAACGUCACAGAGAGAAAACUGGGCAACAACGAUUACAACUUUCCCAACAUUAGCUCCAGAAACAACGUCACAGAGAGAAAACUGGACAACAGUGAAUACAACUUUCCCAACAUUAGCUCCAGAAACAACGCCACAGAGAGAAGACUGGACAACAGUGAAUACAACUUUCCCAACAUUAGCUCCAGAAACAACAACGUCACAGAGGGAAAACUGGACAACAGAGAAUACAACUUUCCCUACAUUAGCUCCAGAAACAACGUCACAGAGAGAAGACUGGACAACAGUGAAUACAACUUUCCCAACGUUAGCUCCAGAAACAACAACGUCACAGAGGGAAAACUGGACAACAGAGAAUACAACUUUCCCAACAUUAGCUCCAGAAACAACAACGUCACAGGGGGAAAACUGGACAACAGAGAAUACAACUUUCCCAACAUUAGCUCCAGAAACAACAACGUCACAGAGGGAAAACUGGACCACGGUGAAUACAACUUUCCCAACAUUAGAUCCAGAAACAACGCCACAGAGGGAAAGCUGGACAACGGGAAAUACAACUUUCCCAACAUUAGAUCCAGAAACAACGCCACAGAGAGAAAACUGGACAACAAGAGAAAACUGGGCAACAGCGUUUACAACUUUCCCAACAUUAGCUCCAGAAACAACAACACAGAGAGAAAACUGGGCAACAACGAUUACAACUUUCCCAACAUUAGCUCCAGAAACAACGUCACAGAGAGAAAACUGGACAACGGUGAAUACAACUUUCCCAACAUUAGCUCCAGAAACAAUGCCACAGAGAGAAAAUUGGACAACGGUGAAUAUAACUUUCCCAACAUUAGCUCCAGAAACAACGCCACAGAGAGAAAACUGGACAACAGUGAAUACAACUUUCCCAACAUUAGCUCCAGAAACAACGUCACAGAGAGAAAACUGGACAACAGUGAAUACAACUUUCCCAACAUUAUCUCCAGAAACAACGCCACAGAGAGAAGACUGGACAACAGUGAAUACAACUUUCCCAACAUUAGCUCCAGAAACAACAACAUCACAGAGGGAAAACUGGACAACAGAGAAUACAACUUUCCCAACAUUAGCUCCAGAAACAACAACGUCACAGAGGGAAAACUGGACAACAGAGAAUACAACUUUCCCAACAUUAGCUCCAGAAACAACAACGUCACAGGGGGAAAACUGGACAACAGAGAAUACAACUUUCCCAACAUUAGCUCCAGAAACAACAACGUCACAGAGGGAAAACUGGACCACGGUGAAUACAACUUUCCCAACAUUAGAUCCAGAAACAACGCCACAGAGGGAAAGCUGGACAACGGGAAAUACAACUUUCCCAACAUUAGAUCCAGAAACAACGCCACAGAGAGAAAACUGGACAACAGUGAAUACAACUUUCACAACAUUAGCUCCUGA